GGGAGCGUAGCUUGUAGAGUAGGCAACACCGCAGCGAAACCAGCUGACACCGUGUGGGACGCAACGACGUCUCCAGCCAACAGGCAUGGACCUGUCAUGUUCGCUUGCUCCGUGGGAUAAUUGGGAGUGGCCAAGGGCUGUCGCCACAUCGCCUUGCAUGCAGCCGAAAAGCUAUUUCUAUUUCCGGAUGUUGUGGACCUUGAUAUUCUUGGGACAUUUCUGUGCUGAUCUUCUCCUGACAGCUUACGAUGGGGAAGUCCAGCUCUACUUGCUGUCAUUGAGCAGAUGGGCGCUGGUGGUGCAGGUUGCCGACAAUAUGUUGCAACUGUACUGCACCGCAAGUGGACUUGAUGCUUUGCCGACCAAUGACCCAAAGGAGUUUGAAGAGGUUCCCGAUGCGGUUUCCUCGAGCGUGGCUCUCUUCGCCACUUCGCAGCCGUUGUCCUUCCUAGUUGUGGUUUGGUACUGGGGUUUCGAACACUGGGGCCACCAGGAGAUGCCAAGCUAUUUGGGCUUCUUCUUGCACUUCAUCAGUUGGAUUCUACAGCUGAUCAGUCUCAUGGUUUGUCGCAUCCCGCUUUCGUGUUCACAUGGGGGAUGGCUUCUAGCCUUUGUCACCAGUUUCAUUGUGUGGUCCUAUGUGCACUACACGCUGAGGAUAGGCAUGCCUGGCGGCUGCAGAAGUUACACUCAGCCUGAAUGCCCUAUGUACUCAGCCUUAGAUUGGCACAAACCACAGGUUGCAGCCACCACUGCGUUCUGUGCACUGGCAGCUGCUGCUCUGGCAGUGUUUCUGUAUGCUCUCUUAGCGAAGCUACGGGGUCUGAGCAGCGCUCAAUGGGACCUGCUGGAGAUGGACAACAAUAGGAGGAUUGAAAGAGAGGCCCAACAGGCGAGAGAACUUGAAGCCUUAAAGGCCGCCCUUGAGGAAGAACAACAAGGAUAUUGCUUCUGCAGAUGCCGAUAAAGAUGUCCUGACUAAAAUCUGAUUCAGCAAAGCGAUGAAUCAAAA